GGGUACCUGUGGUGGUGAUGGGAGGUAGAACGUACCAAUGGAAUUAGUCGAGGUACAUGCCAGCUAGCCUGGAAAGUUGAAAUGGAUAGUGAGAACUCAUAUGUACCCAUGUCAUAGUUGUUGUUGCUUUAGUUGUGUUUAACACUAGUACUAGUAAUAUAAAGUGGGUACAUGAGUAGGAUGAUAAACUUUUAUGGUGGGGUGUCAUUAUAGGUUUUAGUUGUAUGUGGUUGUCAAUAACUUGAUUUCUGUACAUAUUUUUUUCCAUUUCUUGGGGAUUCUUAGUUCUUUUCUGAUACUUUUGUUGGUUGAUUGAUCAAUUUGUAUUGUAUGCUGCUUACUUGGAGAUAAAGGGAGUUGAAACAAAUGAAACAAACACUAUUACCGUACUCGAGUUUUGAGUUUGGGUACUGUCUUGAUAACUUAGUUGCUUGCCUUUUAGAGCUAUUUCCUUUUAAGAAAAGAAAGAUGGAAGGAAAAGUAGAAAGGUACCCCAUAAAUGUAGCAUAAUUUGGAACCAAAAUCUUGUGGGAGCUGCCAAUAUCCUAUAUGAGUGUACUUAUAUUGUCUAUACACUUCUCCAAACUUUUGCCAUAAAUAGUUCUUGAUUUUGAACUUUCCAUUUUUUAUUCACUUCGAGAAUCAACAUCGACGUGAUCAUGUAUUUUAAAUAAGUUGAUUAUUACAUUGUAUCGUGGCUGAUGAGGUCUUUUGUCUCCUCCUUAUGUAAUUGAUUUCAAUUAUCUUAAACGAUCCCUCAUGAUGUAUAAACUAACUCUGGAAUGCUAAAGUGAAGAGAAGCAACUCCCAAGUCAGUGCUAAGGUUAAUGGGAUUGAAGGGCUUGACACUGUACCAUUUGAAGAGUCAUUUGCAGAAGUAUAGACUUGGACAGCAGGCAAAGAACCAAGAUGCAGUAGAACAAAACAGAGAGAAUAUUGCAGGGGAGUCCUGUGGACAAUUCAGUUUUCAUUCCCCAGGACCAAGUAUCGCUUCAUCAAGCAUGAGUGGUAUGCAAGGAGAAGCUCCAAUUAGUGAGGCAGUGAGGUCUCAGAUUGAAGUCCAGAAAAGAUUACAUGAGCAGCUUGAGGUUCAACAGAAACUACAAAUGAGAAUAGAGGCACAGGGAAAGUACUUGCAGGCAAUAUUAGAUAAAGCUCAGAAGAGUCUGUCCACUGAUAUGAACUCCCCUAAUGCUGUCGACGAAACAAGAGCUCAACUUACAGAUUUCAAUUUAGCUCUGUCUAAUUUAAUGGAUUACAUGCACGGAGACAACCGGGGCGAAACUGUUGCAGGUAAAAGGAUAGAAGAUGAUGCUAAUAACGAUCUAAGAAGGUCUACGUACUUGAGGGAGGGAGAACAAAAGAACAAUAUGAAUAUUAAGCUUGAAGAAUCUUCCAUUAGCUUCGAUUUGAACUCCAGAAGUAGCUAUGACUUUAUCGGCAUGAAUUCAGCUGCAUUGGAAGCCAAACCACUUUCAAAUGGAAGAUUGGAAAUAUAAUGUCUUAGUUUUUGUUUUCUCUUUUUCUAAUCAUACAAGGUCAAGUGUAUUGUAUUUGACUCAAAUAAGUGCUAGGAACUGGUAUAACUUGUUACAUCAAGCUCUUAUUCAAGAGAAAUUUCCAUUUGUCUAUGUAAUUAUUCAUUUGUUGUAAGGAGAGAUAAUUUGUAGUACAGGGAGUCGGUGACGCUCUA